AGACCGCAUCCUGGCCAUGCCAUGCCCUGCAGUAGCAGCAGCCGCACAGCUGGGCAGCAAAGCCGGCAAGCAGUGAGCGCUGUAAGCAGUUUACAGCCCGCCAGCAUUACAUAAAUGCUAAGGCACUGCUAAGCGAGAUAGCGCGCCGCAGAUAGACUCGUUAAGAUUCUGCCAGCUAAUCACAGCAGCUAAUUAGCCAGGCCCAGACCUUGCCACUUGCCACUUGCCACCAUCCUACCUACAUUCAGUGACUCGCGCUUUUGUGUCUUCUGUGCAUCAGUGUUUCCUGGCGCUCGUUUUUGUUGUUUCUCUUUUUGUUGUUGUGUCGUGUGCAAUUUGGUCUGUGAACAUUACCAAGACACUGAACUACUGAGCUACUGCGCUACUAACUAAAGCCAAACUAAUUCAUAUUAACUUGUUGUGUGCUCCAGUUGCUGCAGCCAGCCAGCCUGUGCAGCCUCAGAGUGCAUUUUCAUUAAAGUCAACAAGUUGCAGCCACAUAACGUCAAAUAAAAGCAGCGUCAAGUUUGCCGCUUGCAACAUGAUGGCCACGUCACAGGAUUACUUCAAUCCUUACGCCCUGUUCCGCGGUCCGCCCACCACGCUGCGGCCGCGUGAGUCUCCGCUGGGCGUUGGCCACGCCCACGCGCACUCGCACUCGCACAGCCACAGCCACAUGCACGGGCACGGGCAUCAUGCACACGCCCAUGGGCAUGGUCACAGCGGACACGGCUAUGCAGCGCUCGACCUGCAGACGCCGCACAAGCGCGGCAUCGAGACCGAAGUGCGAGCGCCGCCGCCGCCACUGCCGCCGCCACCGCUGCCGCCGACUUCGCCGAGGUAAGCCCCG